UGUUAUUGUGGUAGCUGGAGCUCCAGCUGCUUACAAAGAUUUCGCCACCAUUUCGCCCUACAUUUAGGCCUUUAAAGCUGCGUAAACAAGUGGACCCGCAAGAUUAUACCAGUACAAUGUCGCUCCAAAAGGACAAUUCAUCGGACGAGAGUUUGCAAGGCUCCUGGGUUGAGCUGCAUUUCAGUGGCACUGGCUCUCAAACCACCAGUCACCACGGAAGCCAGGAGCAAAUCCCCACGUCCAUCCAGGAGGGUGAUGUGGAGAAAAUGCUGCUGGACGCACAGCACGAGUCAGGCAGAAACAGCUCCAGAGGAAGCUCUCAAUGCAACAGCCCACUAAGAGCACAGACCCCCCUUCUUCUGUGGAGAGGCUCAGAGGGAAACAGCUCACAGUCAGAUGAAGAUUUCCAAGAAAGGAGAAGGGAAGUAGAGAACCUGAUGAAGAAAAAUGCUGACUGGAUCUGGGACUGGUCUAGUCGACCUGAGAACAACCCACCAAAGGAGUUCCUGCUGAAGUACCCCAAGCGCUCAACCUCUCUCAGCAUUAGGAACACCAGCGUCAUGAAGAAGGGAGGCGUUCUGUCUGCUGACUUUUUGAAGCUUUUCCUUCCCUCAUUAAUCAUUUCUCACAUACUUGCUGUUGGCCUUGGGAUAUAUAUUGGGAAGCGUCUGACCUCCCACAACACCUACUAAGUAGGACGGUGGUGUGUUGUGACAUCAUGACACUUCGACGUGACCAUCUUGGCAUGCCUUAAAAUGGGACCUUCGGAAUAUCAAGGGAGAUGUGGCCAUGUGACACGGUCCAAUUUGAUUAACUAACCCAUCACUCACUUCAGUGUGGAGAGUUGAGGAUCUGUCAUUGCUGUUUCAUAGUGUAUACUCCUGAACACUACAGUGACCAAUCCUCUGCCUCUCGCUGUAUUCCUUGUCCUUGCCUGGAGAUGACUGUUUGCUGCUUCCUGCUCCUUAAAUCUGCACGUUAGGGAACUGAUGUAUAUUGUAUGUCAUUGCCUUUUUUUGCGAUGAGAAAUCAAUUCUGAUUUAAAAUUAUAUACUGUCAAAUGAUUUUGUAGAUCAGCAGUCGAAAAAGGAAAUUGUUUUGACUUUUUUUGUCCGAGGGAUCAUUAGCCUAGUGUUAAAGUGAUUGCACCCAUUAUUGAUUGCUUUAUUAGUGCAAUUGCAAAUUGUGAUUACAAGAAAAUCAAAUAUCUUACUAAGCACAGAUAUGCUCCAUCUUGUUCAUCCUACUGAAAAUAAAAGUUGGCAA